AUGAUGGACUCUUCCGGCCCCGAGACGUACGUUCCUCAUAUUUCCCACAAACAAGUAGUUCCCGAACAACCGCGGCAACAUGAAUCAUCGUACUAUGCGCCGACCACACCUGAAACUUAUUCAUCAAUUCCCGUCAAGAAAGAACGUACCAUUUGCGGACUGAGGCCAGCGACAUUUGUUCUUAGUGUUUUGCUGGCUACAGUAAUAGUGAUAGCCGCUGUGGGUGGUGGCGUUGGGGGUUCACUGGCGGUCCAAAAAGCGAGAGAGUAUGAUCCAAUGUCAAUUCCCUUCCGCCACAAAUUUCUGAUGAUUGGUUCUCAGUGA